AUGGACGACGAAGCGUCAGCAGAUAGUCCUCACUACACUGAUCCAAAGGUAAGCUUUUGUUAAACUUUUCCUCUGAAAAAAAUUUUUGGAGAUUGGUUUUUAACUUUAAUUUUUUAUGAAUUGAAAAAAGUUUCAAUUUUCUUUUAGGCUGAGGCAGAUGAAAAAAUGACCGAAUCAGAUGAAGAGCAAGAAGAAAAACCAGGAAUAAGAGCAUCGGAUGAGGAGGAAGAGGACGACGGUGAAGAUCCACUGGAGAUUGAUACCAAGAGAGUGUCUACAGCCGCACCCCAAGUAAACAUUCCCGUUACACAUAAUUUUUUGCUUUUAUUUAGAAACAAUGAGUAUUUUUACAAAAAACUUACAAUUAUUUCUGUUAUAGAAUUUCUUCUUAUUGAUAGUGAGCAAGGCAUUUUCAAAAUUGAAAAAAAUUAGGAACUAUUUCUUUUCAGGUCGAUAUUUCACAGUUAAGAAAUGAUCCUGACUUUGCCAGCGUCUGCAGCUUUUUCAACAAAUUUGGUGUAAUGAUAGGUAAAAAUGGAAUCUAACUUUUGAGGUGAAAAGAAUAAAUUAUAGGCAUGAAGCCGCACACUUUUGAAAAACUGGAGAAGCUCUUGACAACUUUUGAAGCGGACGGAGGAGGUUUUAUUAAUUUUCUUUUUAGCCAAAUCAGCAUUUUAUCUCGUUUCAGUGAACAAAGAGCUCAUUUCACUUCACUUAUGCCUUAUCAGGAGAGCUCGGAUGACAUCCGUCCGAGCGGAAACGUGGGAGCAUUACCUUAAAAAGUUGCUCUCAAAAAAUGAAAACACACAGGAAGAGCUGUUGAAAAUUGAACGGUGAGUUUGAAAAAAAAAUCCGUCGAGAGUAGUGAAAUAAAAAAAAAUGAAAGUACAAAAAGCUCAAAUAAUUAUUUACAGAUACGGCUACGCUCACAUUCCGGUAUCAUGCAAAGUUCAAAUUCUGAAGUUCCUCUGUGAAAUUCAGUUUGAUUUCAAUCCAAAGCUUCGGGAAGCAGUGAGUUACCACUUUUUAAGACAGAUGCGUGCAAUGAAAAAACUUAAAUAUGUUUUCUUGGCAGAUGAUACAAGCUUUUCGAACAUGUGAUCUGCGACUGUUACCUGUUGGCAUGGACAGAUACGGAUACACCUAUUUCUACCAACAAGACGGCGACUACAAUUUGAGAGUUUAUACAGAGGAAGCCGAUGAUCAAAGCGGCGGCACCUGGAAAAUUGUCGCGAGGUGUUAUUGCUCCUAUUUUUUUACCGUUUUCAUUUUUUCAGUAACUUUGAUGAAAUGCAAGAACUCGUUAGCAAAUUGGAAUCAGAAGAUUUGGGUUACGUUAAGAAAGAAGAAUCUAAAGAGGUUUUUUUCCAAUUGUCCUUUGCGAACUUUUUCUUUCAGCAGCAAAAUGGUGAGAAAAAGAAAGAGAAGAACAAAAAAGGUACCUACCUCGACAAGUUCAUCGACGAAAAUGCUAUCAAGGUAAACUAAUUAUUUACUUCUCGAGUAAUUAGGAAAAAAAAAAUUUAAGCUCAUGAAAGAAGUGGUCUUGCUACAAAAACAAGAAAAGCUGAAGAAACGAGAGCAAAAAGAGAAAAUAAAAGCCGAAGAAGAGGAUGAUGAGCAAGACUCUGAGCCAGAUCAGACGGUGCCCAUUGAAGACCUGGUAAGUUUUAAGUUUCUUUCAAUCGGAGCUGUUUUGGGAAUUCAAGAAAAAUUUUUUUGAUUAUAUUUAUAUUUUUUUCCAGUCUGACCGUCGUGUGAUGCCUCGAAGGAAUGCUUCUCAACGAGCCGUUACAAAUUUAAGAAUGCUUGCAACAUCGAAAAAAUCAAAAAGCCGCAAGGAAAGAGUUUCAAAGAAAGCGGUCGAAGAAAUCGAAGAAGAAUAUGACGAAGAGGAAGAACAUUCUCGAAACACGCAAAAAUCCUCGAGCAGUGAAGAUGAAUCUGGGGAAGACGGAGAAGAUGGAUCUGAUGAAUCUGACGACGAAGGGGCAAAGUCGAGUGAUGACGAUUUCCGACCAAGUUCAAAAAAGGCUAAAAAGUUAGUUUUAAGCUCAGAAAAAAGUAAUUUCACACUACUUUGCUGGCAUUUUUCAGUGAAUUAACAAAAUAAAACCUCGAUUUCAAUCAACGUAGCAAAUAUGCAAACCUUCAAAAUUGCUCUUUAAAUUAUUAGAAACUGGGUUUUUUUUUCACGAAAACUAAAUUUUUAACCUUGUUAAAUAUGAAUCAAGUUGAAAUUGUAUCAAGACCUCCAAUGUUCAUUUCUAGCGUUUACUCGUGUUAAAUUGCAGGAAACUUCGGAAAAAACGGAAGAGAGAAAAUAAGAGGGAGGAAGAAGAAGAUGACGAUGAUGACAGUGACGACGAAGAGGUGAUUCUCUAAUUUUACUUUUUUACUAACUGGACAAGAUUUUCAAGGUACAAAAAGAACGAAAAAUGGCCACCGGGGACAAUUUGUGUGGCGAAUGCCGAAAGUCGGACAACUGGGAUGUGGUAACUAAUAAUAACGCAAAAUUGAUAGAGAAGUCAUUUUUUCAGCUUCUCUUGUGCGAUUCUUGCGACGACGCUUGGCACACUUUCUGUCUGAAACCGAUGCUCUGGUUAAUUUUCUCCACUAAAAACGAUUAGAAUGGGAAUUUUUAAGGUUCGUACCUGAUGGUGACUGGUUCUGCCCAAAAUGCAAUCAUGGAAUGUUGAUUGAACGUCUCAAGGAAGUCUCGCUCAUUUUGGAAGAACAGCUCAAGAAGAAGGCAGCCGAUGACAAAAGGUAAAAAUCAUCAGAUAAAUAUGCAUUUUCUUUCUGAAAAAGAUUUUUUUUGUUUUUUCUGAUUUAUUUUAUGCAGUUUUUUUAUUUGAAAAAAAUUUUUAAUCAUUCAGUAACCAAAAAAAUUAUUUUUUUAAAACAAAUUAAAGAAAAAUAUGUCAAAGUGAGGGAAAAAAAUCGAAAAAAAUGGAAUUUCUUUUUUUGGAAUAAAUUUUAAUUGAUUAAUAUUCAAGAGCAAAAGCAGCAGCCGACCGACUCAAGAGGGAGAUGGAAUAUAUCGGAAUCUCCUACAAUAACUUGAUUUCUUUUGUAUGUUCAUCAUGAUUAUACCUAAGGAAAAUGUACUUUCAGGAAAAAGAUACAGCUCUCCCUCCUUCGAGCAGUUCAGAAGAAGAUGACCCAACAACGCGUAAAAGCAAGCGAAAAGCUGUGAAGUCAGGAACUCGAAAUCAACAAAAAAGUUGCAUUUUUCGUUUAGGAAACUAUCCAAAGUGACCAAAAAAAAGCCUUCUUAUGAUCACCUCAUCGUAAGCGGACGACGAUCUUGUCGAACAAGAACAAAGGUUUCAAAAAUGAUACCAAAACACGGACAAAUACAAAAAAUCGCUUGUUUCCAGGUCGACUACAAAGGAGAGGAGUACGAUGCUAUUUUGAAUGAAGCUAUUGCCGAAGGAGACGCAGUUACCGAAAAACCGUCGGGAGGUAUUUUGACGUUUCUCAAUUUGAUACUAUUCUUAAUUUUGCGAGAAAGAAAUUCUCAUCUUUUUGUUUAGAAAUUUAUCGACCAGAUGGAGGAGCCGGGCGAGGAAAAGACAUGCAGAACAUCAUAGACGCAGAUGAAAGAGAAGUCAAGAAACCAAAGGCAAAAGCCAAAAAAAAGCGACUGAAUGACUUGGAUGUUGAUAACGAGACGGAGAGCGAUGAAUCUGAGGCCUUCGAAGCGUAAGUUGUCAACAAUCAAUCGAGACUUCUAUCUUUUUUUCAGCGAGGAAGUCGUUGAAAGUGAAGACGAAUUUGUUGUUUCCGGAUCAGAGUCUGACGAGGAUUAUGAAGAAGAAACUCGACGAUCAUCUCGAUAUCGGCCUCCCCCUCCAAAACGAUCGAAGUGCUGCUUUUGCUUUGAUCUGAACUAUUUACAGUUUUUCAGAAAAAGUAAACGUGUGAGCGGUUGGUCAGAGUCUGAUGAAGAGGAGGACGACUAUUUCUCGGCUUCUGACUCGGAAGACGAUCGAAAAAAGAAGAGAAACAAGAGGGCGGCAUAUUCAGAUUCAGAUGAUGAAGAAAAGCCAAAAACUCAAACUGGAAGGUAAUUUCAUGUUGAUAGUUUAGAAAAAUCCCAUAUCUUCAAGACCACUUCGAAAUGCUGUAGUGCAGUCUGCACGUAAAAGAGCGGUGAUUGCUGACUCUGAAGAUGAAGAUGAGAAGGAAAACUCCAACGAUGAAGAAGAGAUGACGACGAAUGGCUUAGGGAUUCCCAAACGGAAGAAAAAAAAGUAGGAGAAUUAUUUUCAUAAAACUCAAAACAUUCAAAAUUUUUAACAGAGUUGUUUCUGACGACGAGGAGUUUGACGUGAAGGAUGAGGAAGAGGAUGAAAAUGAAGAAGAAGAAGAAGAAGAAGAUAGCCAAGAUCCAGGUGAAGAUGAAGAGGAAGACAAGAGUGGGAAUGAUGAUGACGAAGAUUCUCGUAAGUUUUUUUUGCUGAGUUUCAUUAUGAAUCCAUCACUUAACUUUCAGCGCCAACGAGAAAACGUCCUAUUGAAAGGAAGGUCGGAGCCCCGCCGAGUUCUUUCAAAAAAGUGCCACCUCCUCCCAGAAUGGCUCCAAAUCGAAUGGUUGGUCAUACACAAGGCACAGCAAAUUCAAGGUUUUUUCAAUCUAGGCACUCAAUCGCAGCCGAAAAAUUGAGUCGGAUGAGGGAACGGAGGACGAGGAGGACGUUGAGGACGAAGAAAUGGACAGUCCUGAGAAGGAGGACGAGCCGCCUGUAAAAAGAACACGGAAGGAGGAUGAUAAAAAGGAAGAAGCCAGAGCUGAAAAUGCUCCCGAAGAAGAUAAAAAGGAACUUUCCUCCAAAGCUAACACUGAAAAAGAAGAAGAAGAAAGAAGAGAAAAGAAACCUCAGAUUGUACAAAAGAAUGCACCAGUCCCAAAAGCAUCUGAGGAGCAAACAGCUGCCCCAGCGCAGCCAUCUUCGGAGUUGAAACCUCUAGAAACUCCUCCCCGAGAGAAGAUUCUGCCCGAGUUGAAGCCUCUAGCGGCUCCAUCUCAAGAGAAAAAGCCGUUGGCUGCAGCUUCCGCUUUUCCUUCUCAAUCUCCUCAUCCAUCUACUACUUCUACUGGAAUGCCGACUCCAGCUUCAUUAACUCGUCCAGAAAUGCCAAUGGCUGGAGCACCGUGAGCUCUUUUUCUUCUAUAUAAAUUUAAAAACAAUAAUUUUAGGCCUAUGGGUUGGGUGCCACCGCCUCAAGGGUAUCCUCAGCCAUUUCCUCAUGCUCGUCCGCCAUUUCCUCCAGGAUUCAAACCAGGUAUUUUUUUUUUCAAAAAACCGAAAAGGAAAAUUUUCAAUCAGCCGUAUUUUAUGAGAGCCCAUUUUUAUUAAAACCUUCAAGAAAAAUACAAGUCAGCUCUUUUCAUUCAAAAACAAAACCUACCGCUCUCAAUAUUUUUUUGCAAAUUGAAUGCACUCAGAGUUGCAAGAAAAAAAACUAGAAGUAUCAAAAUUUGUGUGAUUGAAAUUCUUGCGCCUAGUGAUGAAUCUUUUAUCCUCAAAUUUUUGGAAACUCUGACUGAGUGUUUUUUUGGAGAUACGCUACCUCUUUUUACAUACCAGUUCCAAGCUCAUUCUGCAGGUCACCCAGGAAUGCAAGAUCCGCGAAUGAUACCCUAUGGAAUGCCGCCUCCACCAGGAGCUUUUCCUCCUGGAAUGAUGCCGCUUCCUGGGUAUCCCUACUCAGGACCGCCGGUCUCCAAUCCGUACGCAACACCUGGACCCCCGAGAAAUGUUCCAAAUCCAUACGCCCAGCCUCCUUCAAGGUGAGUUCAGUUGCAGAAUUUUUGACUUUUUUUUUCCUAACGUAAACUAAUUUCCUUUUUUUUUUUCAGUGCCCCACCCGAAGAAAAAAACUCUUCUAAUGGCAAAUACCUGGCUUUAUAA